UGCGCGGGUCCUUUCCUGUCUACGGCCUACCCGAAGAUGGCGGUGCAAAUCUCCAAGAAGAGGAAGUUCGUCGCUGACGGUAUCUUCAAGGCCGAGCUGAACGAGUUCCUGACUCGUGAGCUUGCUGAGGAUGGCUACUCCGGGGUGGAGGUGCGCGUCACCCCCACCAGGACUGAGAUCAUCAUCCUGGCUACAAGGACCCAGAAUGUUCUGGGAGAGAAGGGCCGUCGCAUCAGAGAGCUGACCGCUGUGGUCCAGAAGAGGUUCGGUUUCCCCGAGGGCAGCGUGGAGCUGUACGCUGAGAAGGUUGCCACCCGUGGUCUGUGUGCCAUCGCUCAGGCCGAGUCUCUGCGUUACAAGCUGCUGGGAGGUCUGGCCGUGAGGAGGGCCUGCUAUGGUGUUCUGAGGUUCAUCAUGGAGAGCGGCGCCAAGGGCUGCGAGGUGGUGGUGUCCGGCAAGCUGAGGGGGCAGAGGGCCAAGUCCAUGAAGUUCGUGGACGGCCUGAUGAUCCACAGCGGAGACCCCGUCAACUACUACGUCGACACAGCGGUCCGCCACGUCCUGCUCAGGCAGGGUGUGCUGGGCAUCAAGGUGAAGAUCAUGCUGCCCUGGGACCCCAGCGGUAAGAUCGGCCCCAAGAAGCCCCUGCCCGACCACGUCAGCAUCGUGGAGCCCAAGGAGGAGACCCUGCCCACCACGCCCAUCUCUGAGCAGAAGGGGGCCAAGCCAGACGUGCCCGUCAUGCCCCAGGCACCCGUACCCACCGCAUAACGGGGUUUUCAACUGUUCUACUGGAUGGGAUGAAGACCUUGUGACUUUUGUGUACAAAAACAAUAAAAUCUGGAAAAUACACUUCA